CCCGACAGGGGGGCGCCCCUUCCCCUACCGGCGAGCGAGCGAGCGAGCGAGCGAGCGAGCGGGCGGGCGGGUGGCCUCUGCGCCCGGCGGUGCCACCUUCCCGGGGUUAUUUCCCUCUUGGAAGGAGGUUCCCGCUCUCUCGGCGGGGAGCUGGGGAAUAUGGCCCUUCCCCCGUCGCUUCCUCGCCGGCACUUCGAGCCAGUCACUGCGACUCCGCGCUGGGGGCCAGAGCGGUGGGAGCGGCGGGAGUGGACUGGUCAGUGGAGGGAGCUCGACGGCCACUCGGACUGAUCUUGCUUUUGGAGUUUCCCGACGCCCCAGGGUCGGACUGGGACUCGAAGGAGCCCCGGAAGCGGUCGCCCCUCCUAGUGUGGGGCGCGAGGCGCCUGGCCCCUGCGGUCCGCCCGGCCGCGCGGCUCUCCCGCGCUCUCGCAGCUCGGACGCCGAACCGUCCCCGCCGGGCUGAGGGGCCGAACGCAGCGCUGCGGCUCCGACGGGGUCUGGUCUCGCCCGGCCCCCGGCACCCCCAGAGAUGUGGUAUGGUGUGUUCCUGUGGGCACUGGUGUCUUCUCUCUUCUUCCAUGUCCCUGCGGGAUUACUGGCCCUCUUCACCCUCAGACAUCACAAAUAUGGUAGGUUCAUGUCUGUAAGCAUCCUGUUGAUGGGCAUCGUGGGACCAAUUACUGCUGGAAUCUUGACAAGUGCUGCCAUUGCUGGAGUGUACCGAGCAGCAGGAAAGGAAAUGAUACCAUUUGAAGCCCUCACCUUGGGCACUGGGCAGACGUUUUGUGUAGUGGUGGUCUCCUUCUUACGGAUUUUAGCUACUCUGUAGCAUAUAUCCUUAGGCCAUGAUGCCAAACCUAAGUUUGAGAGCCUCCUCACAGCAAGAAUACAUUAUGGAAUGUAGUGUUUUCUUAAUUCUUCAAAUGGGGGAAACUUGGAUUAAGAAGUAUGUGAAAAAUGAAACAUCUCAGCCCUUUCUUCAGUUGGAAGUUCCAGGAAUUGAAGAUCUUUCUGGACUCCUUAUUGUUCUCAACCAAAACAAAUUAAGUUUCUUAGGGCCUUUGUUUUUUUUUUUUAAAUUAAUUGAAGCCAUUUUACAGGUGCACCUUUACCCACCUAGGUCAUCAGUGCUUCUGGGCUGAUCCUUCACACUGAAAUGUACAAUAUUCUGUGAGAAAAUGCAGUGUCGCCUAUGUUAGAGAAACUAUGAAAAAUAGUUUCUCUUUCUGAGCAUACUAUACUAAAAUCUUAUCUAAUCUAACUUGAUUAAAAUCUGGCAGACUCUUCUUUUACUGCAUCUUCAUGACAAUAAGUGCCAAGUAAGUUUUGGUUGAGUAGAGCUUUGAGAACAAAUCUGUUGACAUGUAACAGGAAAAAAAAAAAAAUCCUGCAAUAGAAGUAGUGGCUUCUGUUGCACUGCUGAAAGAAAAAGAAGAUGAUGUGAUAUUUUCUGGAUAACUAUCUUGGACCUCUGGUGACUUAAUAAUAUUUUAAGAGAUGUGCAUUUGUUGUUUUGUACAUUUUAUCAAAAUAAGCUAACUAAUUGAGACAUUUCCCCCCCAGAGUUCCUGUAUCCCUUUUCCCAUCACUUUCAUUCUGUUGAUUUUAAUUUAAUUGGAAACAUACCCUAUUAAAUAGUUUGAGUUUAAAACUUUAAGCCAGAUAGGUUAGGAUGCUCUCUGGACAUUGAGGUACCAAAAUAUUUUUUUAAACAUUCUGUUAAAGUUUUUCUUGGUGACUUUGGUUGAAAUUGUAGAAAUGCAGCUUAGAGGUGGUGGUUAUUCAUUUCUUAGUCUUAGUGUGGUCACCACUCUUAACAGUAUUGGGUGUCACUCCCAGAAAGUGCCUAAAGUUUAAUUUCCACUUUAUGUUUCCUUUCAAGAGAAUAUAUAUCUUUCUAGAGAAUUAAACAUUGAGUUUUUUAAACCCAUUUUUAGCUAUCUUAAUUUUUCUCCUACUGCCUCACUUUCUUUUUCAUUAAAAGGCCUGAAAACUGUGACCUUCAAAAGAGAAAGGAUUGCAAAAUUUAAGUGUCUCGUUUGAUCCUUACCACCUCAACUGUGUUGAAUGGAAUAUAGUCCCUGAUCUCUGUGUUCAGAAUAGUUUCUGAUCAAUAAAUCUGACGUUUUUAAAGGAAAGUUUUCAUUGUGACAGUAAGGCUAACUGCCCGUGAGGUUAUCAAUUCCAUUUAAAGCAAUAUGCCCUCUGGCUUCUGAUUAAAAAUUGCCAGAGGGACCAACUUACGGGGGACCGGCAAAGAGGAAGAAUUACAAAGAGAUCACAGAAAUCAAUUGGCCAUUUUCUUUUAACUAAGAGGCCGUUAGACCACUGAUCAAAAUUACAGUGACAUAUGCUCAGAUUAGGUAGAAAAUUAAAAGUAGACUUGGAAUGCCAGCAGAUGUUUUUACCAAUUCCCUAACAAGUUUUUCUCCAAUGUGGAAAUCUUUCUUUCAAGCAAAUGUUAAGUCUUUUAAGAUUUUUUUUUUUUAAGAUUUUAUUUAUUUAUUUAUUUGAGAGAGUGAGAUAGAGACAACACGAGCAGGGGGAGACAGUGGGAAAAGCAGACUCCCUAUUGAGCAGGGAGCCCAAUGACGACAUGGGACUCUAUCCAAGGACCCUGAGAUCAGAAUCUGAGCCUAAGGCAGACACUUAACCAACUGAGCCAUUCAAGUGCCCCAAGAUUUUAAGUUCUCUCAGUUCCCAACGUGGGGCUCAAACUCACAACCCCAAGAUGCGGUGUCGCAGGCUCCCCUGACCAAGCCAGCCGGGUGCCCCUGAGUCUUUAAAUGAGACUCCAAAUUUUUCAGUUCAAGGAGCUGUGGUUUUGCAAAGUAGCCCUUCUGUUUAAGAAAUUCAGGACAUUAUAUCCUUUGUUACAGAAAAUCAUUUUUAAUCAUUUCUCUUGGAGUAUGCCUCUUAUUAAGAUUCACAUCUAAAACAUUCUUUUGGAUAGAAUUUUACAAAUGGAACAUAUGGACCAAUGGUUGUUAGGCCCUUCCCCCUGAAUACUAAUUUUUGAACAUAUUGAUGGAUGAUUUCAAUAUUUGGUUAUUAGAGCCAAGACACAGAAAUUAUUGCAUUUUAAAAAAUAUUUUUAUUUAUUUGACAGAAGAUAGCAUAAGUAGACAGAGUGGCAGGGAGAGGGAAAAGCAGGCUCUCUCCUGAGCCGGGAGCCUGAUGUGGGGCUUGAUCCCAGGACCCCGGGAUAAUGACCUGAGCGGAAGGCAGACCCUUAACCAACUGAGCUACCCAGGUGCCUCUAAUGCGUUUUGAAAGGUGUUUUUGUUUUCAUUGCUAUAUUUUGAUUACCCAUGCUUUUUAAAAACUUUAAAUAUAAGAUAUAUCUUUAAAUUAUUGAAUAUUUCAUCCAUCCCAGUAUGUGAACAUUCUCCUGUGAAUAAAUUUAUAUAGACCUUUGUAUACAUGGAGCUUUGUAGCUUGAAAUGUUUUUAAGGGGAAAUUAUUUGAAUGAUAAAGAAUAUGUUUAGUUCCCACUGGUUUUUUUCUUUUUAAAAAUUUUUCAAAUACACAAUUAUUUGGGGGCAGUCACUCAGAUGGAAAAAUAUUGGCAUAUGUGUUGAACAUUUUAUUUACUAUAUAUGGUUUUUAAGAAUUUUUGCCAACAACUGGCUUUCUUAGGGCCUAUGCAACCCAUACUUUCCUAGCUGGACAUUCACUUUUCUGUCUACCCCCCCCCCCACUGUUUUUUUUUAUGGAGGGGAGGCAGCUCCCAACCAUAAAAGCUUCAUUCUUUAAUGUGGGGGUUUGGGGAUGAAGGCAUUUCAUGAAGACAAGUCUAUAUACAAAUGUACAAUGAACAUUCCAAGAGAAGGAUGUCUCUUUGUGCUUUUUUUUUUUUUUUUUAAGACUUUAUUUGACAGAGAGAGACACAGUGAGAGGGAACACAAGCAGGGGGAAUGGGAGAGAGAACAAUAGGCUUCCCGCCUAGCAGGGAGCCCAAUGUGGGGUUCAAUCCCAGGACCCUGGAAUUGUGACCUGAGCCAAAGGCAAACACUUAACUACUCAGCCACCCAGGUGCCGCUCUUUGUGCCCUUAACUCAUUUUUUAAUUUUGCAGCAAAACAUUACUUCUUAGGAAAUGUUUAAAUUAGUGAGAAAACGUUGAUGCAAAUAAUUAAACCAUUCCUAUGUUUUUGAAAUUUUAAAUUGUAUGUGUCCUUUCUGACUGCUCUGGUUUGAAUUAAGCUCUUAUUAAACUGCAGUGCAUACCAACCUUUCCUAAGACACCAUUUCCUGGAAUGUGAAGCCCUCAUACCAUUAGCUAGCCACACGCAGUAAGUUUUGUGUACGUGCAUUUCUUUUUUGUGCACUCUGUUAGGCUGGUUGUGACUAAAAUCAGCUUAAAUUUUGUAUUAGAUUAUUUCACUAACUGCUAUAGUCAAAAUGAUCAAAUCUUUGUACAACAGAAAAUUAUUUAAAUUUUAUUUUUCUACUGACAUUUCUAAUUCUAGUAUAAAUGUUUAUCAAUAAAGAACUUCAAUUCUGUGAACUGGAAUUGUUCUUUUUAAAUCUUUUUAAUCUUUUGCAAUAAAGUCUGACUUAGA